GGCAGUUCACUGAGUUAGAGGAUUCCCAGCCCAGGGCUGCGGUCUAGAAAGUGCCAGGGGGAAUCGUCUCCGCUGCACAGAGGCGGGUCCGAGUCUUGGAGGCGGCUUACCGCGGGGUGUCCCGCUACAGGCCGAGAUUGGGGCUUCCGUGCCACGCAGACUGCGCUUCGUCCAUAGAGUCCGAUGGCGGCGGUCGCGCCGAGGAUCCUGGCUGAGGGUAUGAACUUUGAGGACGUGGCCAUUGACUUCUCUCAGGAGGAGUGGGGGCUCCUUGAUGAGGCUCAGAGACUCCUAUACUACGAUGUGAUGCUGGAGAACUUUGCACUUGUGGCAUCUGUGGGUUGUUGGCAUAAGACGGAAGAUGAGGAGGUCCCUUCUGAGCAGAGUGAAUCGGUAGGAGAGGCACGAGUCAGGGCUUCUAAGACAGCUCCAACCAUCCAGAAGACCCAUCCCUGUGAGAUGUGUGUCCCAAUCUUGAAAGAUAUUUUGCACCAAGCUGAGCACCAAACAAUAUACUCUUUGCAGAAACCAUACUUGGGUGGCAGAUGUGUGAGAUACUUCUGUUUCAGUGCAAACCUUCACCAGCACCAGAGGCAUGCCAGUGUAGAGAAGUCCUGGAAAAGAGAUAUGGAUGGGGCCUCAUUUGCGACCAGCUGCAGCUUCUACAUGUCAGGGGAGCCUUUCAUCUGUAGGGAGGAUGGGGAGGACUUCCCAGCUACCUCAGGCUUUAUCCAGCACCAGGCCACUCCUAACAGUGAGGAGCCACACAGUGGCAGUGAGAGUGGGCAGGCCUUUCACAGUGGAAAAACUCUUUACAAGUGGAGUGAAUGUGAAAAAGCUGUUAGCCACAACCACAAAUGUAUUCACCGUCAGAGUGUCUGCUCUGGAGAAGGACUUUAUGAGGGUAGCACAUGUGGGAAAGCCUUCAGCUGCAACUGCAGAUGUGUUCAAUACCAGAAAACACAUAUUGGAAAAAGACCAUAUAAAUGUGGUGAAUGUGGGAAAUUCUUUAGCCAAAUUUAUAGCCUUAUUAAACACCAGAGAAUUCACAGUGGUACCAAACCUUACAGAUGCAGAGAAUGUGGAAAAUUAUUUAUCCAUAACUUCAAUCUUAUAAAACAUCGGAGAAUUCACACUGAAGAAAAGAUUUACAAAUGCAACGAAUGCGGAAAAAUCUUUAUACAGAAAUCUGGACUCAUUCACCACCGAAGACAGCACACUGGAGGAAUGCAUUAUGAGUGUGGGGACUGUGGGAAAUCCUUUAGCUAUAAAUCCAACCUCAUCGAACACCAGAGAGUUCAUACUAGAGAAAGGCCUUAUGAGUGUGGGGAAUGUAGGAAGUCCUUUAGACAAAGCUCCAGCCUUUUCCGACACCAGAGAGUUCACACUGGAGAAAAGCCUUAUGAGUGCAGCGAAUGUGGAAAAACCUUUAGACAAAUCUUUAACCUUAUUCGACAUGAGAGAGUUCACACUGGAGAAAUGCCUCAUGAGUGUAGUGAUUGUGGGAAAUCCUUUAGCUGCAAAUCUGAACUCAUUCAGCACCAGAGAAUUCACAGUGGAGAAAGGCCUUAUGAAUGCAACGAAUGUGGGAAGUCUUUUAGACAGUUCUCUAACCUCAUUCGACACCGGAGUGUUCACACUGGAGAAAGGCCGUACGAGUGCAGUGUUUGUGGGAAAUGCUUUAGCCGCAAAUUUAUCCUCAUUCAACAUCAGAGAGUUCACACUGGAGAAAGACCUUAUGAGUGCGGUGAAUGUGGAAAGUCCUUUACACGCAAAUCUGACCUCAUUCAACACCAGAGAAUUCAUACUGGCACAAGACCUUAUGAGUGCAGUGAAUGUGGGAAGUCCUUUAGACAGCGCUCUGGACUUAUUCAACACCGUCGAGUUCAUUCUGGAGAAAAGCCUUAUGAGUGUGGUGAAUGCAGGAAAUCCUUUAGCCAAAGUGCUAGCCUCAUUCAACACCAGAGAGUUCAUACAGGAGAGAAGCCUUAUGAGUGUAGUGAAUGUGGGAAGUCCUUUAGCCAAAGCUCUAGCCUCAUUCAACACCAGAGAGGUCACACUGGUGAAAGGCCUUAUGAGUGCAAUGAAUGUGGGAAACCCUUUACCCACAAAUCUGAUCUCAUUCAACACCAGAGAGUUCAUACUGGAGAGAGACCUUAUGUGUGUAGUGAAUGUGGAAAACCUUUUAGCCGCAAAUCUAAUCUCCUUAGACACCAGAGAGUUCACACUGGAGAAAAGCCUUAAAUGUGCUGAGAAUGCACAAAAGACUUCAGUUAUGAACGCAUACUUGUUCAGCACCAGAGAGCCCUCACUAGAGAAAAAUGCUACAUGUGCAGUGAAUGUGGAAAAUCUUACAGCAAAAGCUACAGCCUUAAUGACCAUUGGAGAGUUCACACUGGGGAAAAGCCCUAUGAGUGUGGAGAAUGUGGGAAGUCCUUUAGGCAAAGCUCUAGCCUCAUUCAACACCGGAGAGUUCACACUGGAGCAAGGCCUCACGAAUGUGACGAAUGUGGAAAAUUAUUUAGCAACAAGUCCAACCUUAUUAAGCAUCGCAGAAUUCACACUGGAGAAAGGCCAUAUGAGUGUAGUGAAUGUGGGAAAUCCUUUAGUGAAAGCUCUGCACUCCUUCAACACCGAAGUGUUCACACUGGAGAAAGGCCUUACGAGUGCAGUGAAUGUGGGAAAUUCUUUACCUACCACUCCAGUCUCAUAAAACACCAGAGAGUUCACUCUGGGUCAAGGCCCUAUGCAUGCACUGAAUGUGGAAAGUCCUUUACUCAAAACUCCAGCCUCAUUGAACACCGUAGAGUUCAUAGUGGAGAAAGACCUUAUAAGUGCAGUGAAUGUGCAAAAUCUUUUAGUCAAAGCUCUGCACUUCUUCAACAUCGGAGAGUUCACACUGGAGAAAGGCCUUAUGAAUGCAGCGAAUGUGGGAAAUUCUUUACUUACAGCUCCAGUCUCUUAAAACACCAGAGAGUUCACACUGGAUCAAGGCCCUAUGAGUGUAGUGAAUGUGGGAAAUCUUUUACUCAGAACUCCAGCCUCAUCAAACACCAGCGAGUUCACACUGGAGAAAGGCCUUAUGAAUGCAGCGAAUGUGGGAAAUCUUUUAGCCACAGCUCUAGCCUCAUUAAACACCAGAGAGUUCACACUGGAUGAAGGCCUUAUGAGUGCAGCGUGGAUGAUUCUUUAUCCAUAGCUCCAACAUCAGUGACCACUAGGGUGUUCAGAGUGGAGAAGGGCUUUAUGAGUAUUGGAGUGUGGGAAAUUAUUUACCUUCGACUCCAGGCUCUUAAAACAUCAUAACGUCACAUUGGAUGAAGGCCUUAUGACAGGCUGAUGUGGGAAAUAGUUUACCAAGGUCUAGCCUCAUUAAACUCAAGAGAAUUCCAAUAGAGAUAGGCCUUAUUAGUGCAGUGAAUGUGAGAAGGCCUUUAGCUGAAGAAAUUAACUUCACUGGCUAGCACAGAGCUGCCUUAACUGCGCAGCUGUGUUUCUUUGUUCAGUGCAACAAUACUGGAGGAGAUCCCUUACAAAGAUGCCUUUUGCUCUUAUUGCAUCUCAUACAUCUGAACAUCCACAUAAAUUUCAGGUAUGUGGGAACUGCAUCGUACUUUUUAACGUGCCCAGGGCCAUUGCCAGAUUUAUGUCGCUGCCAGUUCUAUAGCAGCCAUUUCAACUCGACCUGAUUGGUGAUCUCAGUGGGCAACAUUUACUCAUCCCAUAACGUUCAGGGACGUAAACUUCAGUGUUCUCCCAUUUGUGGGACGAUCCAUGAGUAGCUUCUUUGAUGAGUUAGGGCAUGGACCUUACCCAGUUUGGUCUAGAAGAUUCUGUUAGACAUUUGAAAAGAUGGAAUAUAUUUUUAAGGGAUAUUGUUGGUCUCACAUGAGUCCUGUGAUGGCAUUUUUCAGUUUCCAAGUCACUAGCCCAGGGACUGUGCCUCCUGUUGCCCUUGUUUGUACAACAAUAAAGGUUUUAUGGUUUAAGCCACCAUUAAUCUUGGGGGUUCUAUUCACUGUAUGGGGUGACUUGAAAUUAACUGGGUUUGCUAGCAUGAAGGAGUGAACAGGUUUGGUUGGGAUCCCAAACUUUAUGUACCUCAGAGGGUACAGUGAUGGCACAAUAUACCUCUUCGGUUUUGGCCUAGUUUGCAUUGCAUUGCCUUUAAGGAAAGAUUGCAGAGCAGCUUUGUAGUCCUAAUUUGUAGCUUGGAUGCCAUGGUAUUUUGUAGAUUCAGAGUUCAACCUGAGGAGGGGGUUGUUGUGACAACCUUCAGUGCUUCUGAGAGCAACAUGAACUUGUGGAGACAUUGCAUCAUGCUCAGCACUGGUGAGGGACCGCCUGCCCCCCAGGUCCUACAGUGGAGCCAUGGGCUCUGAUGUUCUGAAGUCUAUAGGGUAACAUUUGAUAGCUUUAAGAUUAUAGGGACCUAAGGAAUGAUCAUUGUUACAGAAACACUGGAUUAAUAGGAAGUAGUGAAGACUGACACAAACUGGUUGGCCUGUGCCUCUUUUAAAGGGGCAUCCACAGUAUUCCAGUCACAAUGGCUGUGAAGGAUGAGCAGGUUCAGAAAUUCUCAGGCCCUCCACAACUGUAUGUCUGUGGCUGAGGGCCCUGUUAGAAAAUAAACUAAAUGUUUUGUGGAUUCCUGUGGCCCCUCUGGGCUGGCCAUUGCUGUGCAGGAAAAUGACAGAAGGGGAAGCUCAGCCCAGCAAUGUGGUCUUUGUGACCCAGCUUAUGUUCUUGUUGAAGAAAUUGGAAACCACUUUCAUUCUCACCUGUUUUUUCUGCCACUUGAGGCAGUGCCCCCCGCUCUCGUGAGGAGAGAGAAUAUGGCCAUUAUGGUUGCCAAACCGGAUUUUCUAAAAAGUAGGAAAUCCAGACUUUAAUGUGAACCAUAUUUUUAAGUUUUAAUGAGGUAUAAAUGACAUGCAAUAACCUGUCCAUAUUUAAACCAUACAAUUUUGUAAGUUUUGACAUCCAUAUAAAUCCAUGAAACCAUCAAUCAUAAUAAUAAAUCCAUCACCCCCAUAUUUACCUUGUGUCCUUUGAUAAUCUCUGACCUCUGGGCAGCCAUUGAUUUGUUUUUUGUUAUAAUAGAUUAAUUUGAAUUUCUACCAUUUUAUAUGAUUGAAAUUAUAAACUGUUCAAUCUUUUCCUUGGAUUCCCUUAUGUGACAUUUUGAAAGUCAUCAAAGGUGCUUAUAUGAGUAGUUCAUUCUUUUUUUGUCAUUUGGAAGUAUAUUACAUCAAUGUACCACGAUUCAUCUGCUUAUGGGUAUUGUUUCCAAUUUCAGCCAUUGCAAAUACAACUGCUACAGAAGAAAUUGUACACAAUUCUCCAUACUGAUGUUUCCUUUCUCUUAAGACCUUGAAGUGCAGUCAAUACCUGAAUCAGAAUGUAGGUAAAUAUGUAACUAAGAAAUACCAAAUUAAAAGGAUUAUUCUUUUUGUGUUCCUACCAGCAGUGUAUGUGAGUUCCAGUUUUCCCAUAGCCUUGCUAAUAGUGAAUAUGGCUUUUACAAUUUUGACCCUUUUAGUAAAUAUGUAGCAGUAUCUCACUCUGGUUUUAGUUGCAUUUCCUCAACAUUUUGCGAUGUUGAGCCUAGCUAGUAUACAAGAAAUAUGGGAGAAGGGUAAGUGUGUUAAACAGUAUAAAGAAUCAACAAGCCAAAUCUAGAUUGUGGCAAAUUCUAAUGGACAGCAGUGUUAGCAACUUCAUCAAGGGAAUAAGAAUUAAGUGAUAAUGGUACAUAUAGGUUAAAAGACUUUGCAUUGAUUGCAAUCAAUCUGCAUUAAAUAAUGAAUACAACUAACAAAAUUCAGCACUUACAGCAACUUAUCAUAAUUUUAAAUAUUUUUAUGUUCCAAAGUUACUGUAGUUGCAUAAGAACCUUUACAUUUUAGAAACACAUUCUGAAGGAGUUAUGUGUGAAAUGACAUGUCUGGGAUUAUAAAGAAACCACUAAAGGCAUGGGAUACAUGAAACAAGAAUGGUAUAAGAUGACAAAUAAUGACAGAAUAAUGACUUCCUGAUAGUCUUUUCCAUGUUUAGAUAUAUUUGAAAAUAGCUCUUACAAAAGGUAGCAUAUAUUCUGUUAUGAGUAAUUUUAUAAUGGUGAGAAGGAAAAAUUUAAAAGGGCAGGAAUAAACUUUUAGUUUUAAUAGUAUGUAAACAUCAAAAUGUAUAUUUUAAAUAUGAGCAGUUUAAGUCCAUUAUGCCUGAAUUAAACUGUCUAAAAACCAA